AAAAAAACAAGCGUAAUUAACGGGGAACGACCCGCUGGGAUUCAAGUGGCCGAAAACUGAAAAGAAGCAAAGCAGGUAACAGGAAGCGUUUCAUCAAAGAACAAUUACAGUACAAUAAAAGAUAUGUGAUCUGCGCCAUCCCCCGCUGCGAAAAUCCUCCUUGUUUUUUUCUUCUUUCUUUUCCCAGUGUAACCUGACACAAUGGAGGAUCCUACGCUGUUUAUUCACUGGUUCUUCAGCUGCUUGUCACUCCUGAUUAUGGGGGUGCGGCUGAUAUGGAGAAAAGUCGCCAAGCAGAAGUUUGUACUCGGUGAUUACCUCACAAUGGGUGCCAUCUUGUGCUGUGCUGUGAGAUUGGCGCUUAUCCAUGUUGUUCUCACCUGGGGAACAAAUAAUAUUAAACCGAGUCUUCGAGAGAAGAUGGUUUUUACUGAUGAAAUCAUUUAUCGACGGGAGAUUGGGAGUAAAUUCGCCAUUACGAAUCGAGUCUUUUACAAUUCAUUCCUUUGGUUACAGAAGCUUGUGCUUCUCGAUGUUUACCGACGAUUACUCCUCAACUUACGAUAUCAGAAGACGGUUAUGUAUUCUUUUCUUCUUGUUUUCUUCGGUACUUACGUCGCUGUCCAAGUCACGACUUUCAGCGAGUGCGUACCUUUUCAUUUGUACUGGCAGGUUGUUCCAGAUCCUGGAACCUGCUCCAAGGCCCAACUGCAACUCAUCGUCGUUGGUGUUCUCAACAUCGUCACCGACGUGAUGCUUCUCGCCGUCCCGAUUCCGUUAUUCUUUUCGCUCAAGACAUCCUGGAAGCGCAAACUCAAGCUUUACGUGCUCUUCACUCUCGGCAUCUUCAUCGUCGCUAUCACCGUCAUCCGAUUGCCGAUCAACGCCAUGAAUAAAGACAGCCAGGUCAAUCGCACGACAUGGGCCAGCACUGAGCUUCUCACCGCGACAAUCGUCGUCAACGCACCGACGCUAUAUGGAUUUUGGAAUAAAAAGAAACAGGGCACUGGAUAUGUUUAUUCUCAUUCGCAAUCCAACGGAACUGGGAUGAGGAGUAGGAAAAAUACGAGAGCAACUGGUACGCUUGGCGAUGAUCCUACUACGGAGACUUUUGCUCUUGGUACUGUGCGUCACAGUCGGCAGCCUUCUGAAGGUAUUCUACGCACUCAAGAGAUUACUGUCACAGAAUAUAUCGACUCUCGGAAGAAUUCCAAGGGCACAGGGUCACGGACGGAUGAAACGGAAGUUGCGUCGAAUUCAAGUCAACUGAGCAUCCUACGGGAUCAGAAAUAGUUCGUUUGCGUUGUAGUAAUAUGUUCCGUUCUCUUCAUCCACCAAGAUCAAUUCUCCGAGUACCUAUGUGGGACGGCCAAGCUCUGUCGCUGCUUGAUCAAUUGUGUGCGUCCCGUUUCCAUUCGGCGUUCGUUGACCCGAUCGAAGGAUCACCCCCCAGCUUCCACGGCAGGGAUCGCCAAAGCCAAGAAUGGUUCACCUUCCAGAAAACGAGUCUGAUCAGCGCUCACCAAAGAACCGGUUCGCCUAACGUUGCUUCGUCAGCGGACCCGUCGGAAAAGGUAGCGGAAAUUAUAGCAUUUCCCCUGUGAGGUGCAUCCAUACGCCGGCUCCAAUCCUGUGACAAUUCAUCCCAAUUCGAUUGGCGAGGUUGCAAUUCCGUCUGCCCACUUCCCGCUCUGAAUGCUACUGUGCUCGUGCGAAAAUCCGAAAACAGUCGUUUAAAUACAUGGUCUUUGCUUGUUUAUGUAAAUUGAACUCUAAAUCGCACGAGGGGAGUUUCUGUGCUGGAAAUACCGAGAACCUGGAUAGCAAUCCUGGGCUUCUGUCGCUGGGGGGCACAGAAUAGUGAGGCGAAUCCAGAACGCCGGGUGUCCGGGAUUUGUUAUCAAGGAUGAGUUACGAUGCAUGCAGGUCCGUGGCGGUCACCCAAAUGCAGCUCGUUUGCCGUACCGUGUCCCUGGGAUUACGUAUCCCAGGCAUCUGCCGAGCUGUUGUCACCCCUUCCCAAAUCUUUCGGACCUCUAUUGAACUUAUUAAAAGACCCUGUUGAUAACACAAGCGAUUAUGAUGAAAAUCGUUCGAUGAUUCUGAGCAAUAACCUUACGCUGGACGCUACACUCAAUCAAGCUGAAGCUUUUUCAGCCCAACGCCAUGUGGACCUGGAAUGCCGGGAUUCGUACAACUUGGGCCAGUGACGGG